UCUUUCAUUCUGCAGUCAACCGAAGAGACAGACAGACGGAGCGAGUGUGAAGCUCCCCGGGAGACUGACAAGCGGAGGUAGACGGGCCGAGCUACAUCCUGCUGUUUUCCUGGAGAUCUAGGACACUUCUCCGCCAGCUCAGUUUUUACAACCGACGAGACGAAAACAAGACAUUUGUGCUUUUUCAAGACUGGCCUGACACACUUAGAUACUUGGAGGAGUCUGGACACUGAAGUGGAUAAAUGACGGUUACUAAUGCACAGCUCCAGAUGUUCUUUAUCAUUUUGGCUAAUUUGGACACUUGAGCCCCCUCCUACACUGAACUUACAAUAAACAGACUGAGAACUUUACGAGAAGAGUUGUUUUAGUCGCCAGCCCCUCAUCCCCCUUGACCUCUAACCUGCUCCUUUUCCUAAGUAACAUUUCAAACUGGCUGCCACCAUACAAAGAUGGAAAAUCUGACGUCAGAGGAUAACCAUAACUGCAUCGAGACCUUCAGCAGUUAUGAAGAGUCUCUUCCGUCUGCAGAAGGGAGUCCAUCUCGCAUGGGUCGCAGCGCCAAGUCCAAAAAUAACAUGAACUGCCGGCGAAAGCGAGAAUUCAUUUCGGACGAGAAGAAAGACGCCUGCUAUUGGGAGAAACGCCGCAAAAACAACGAGGCGGCCAAGCGCUCCCGGGAGAAGCGACGCAUCAAUGAUAUGGUCUUGGAGAACCGUGUCCUUGCACUGAAUGACGAGAACAUGAUUCUGAAGACGGAGCUGCUCCAGCUGAAGCUGCGUUUCGGCCUCAUAAGCACGGCCUCCUACAUUGAAAAGAGUCAGCAGCUUGGAGCGAGCAACAGCGCGGCGAAUGCAGAGAUUUUAACGUCCUCCUCCUCCUCUUCUGCCCAGUACUACUCCAGCGGUUACUCUAGCGGCUCUCAGGUGAUGAUGAACUCUGACUCCUCAGAAACAGAGCAGUCCGGCCACAGGCAGCUGGUGAAAUACUCUCCACGCGGCUCCCUCUCCGAUAUGUCCGACGGAUCCUCCAGGGACAGCCCCGAGCCAAUUCCCUUUGAGAUCAAACAAGAGGUGGACAGGAUAGAGAUGGACAUUACCAAUGGCACCACCCCCCAGAUCAUGUUGGACAUCCACCGAGGUCUGGCUGCUGUGCCGACCCACCACCAGAUACAUUCUCAGGAGCUGGAGGCGGUAUAUCAGAGCCAGCAACAACAGCACCACCAACAACAACAACAACAACAACCCCAUCAGGAGCCUGUUAUGAACACCGUCAGCCAGCCCAACCCUCACCCACCAGCCGCCCAGAGGAGCGUCAUUCUGUACGGCUCCAGCAGCGCCUCCUAUCCCGUGGAAAGGCACCAGGACAUCGAUAUGCAGGCGGCACACAAACAAAACCAGAUGAGUGUUGGACGAUUGCCUCAGUGUCUUCCAGAGAACUCCUCCACGGAGACACUGGCGGAGGUGACGAAGCAGCUGGAGAUGAAGACGUUAGACUCCCCUCGGUAUGACCUUGCUGACGAGGCUGGAGAGAGACAUGCGUACAGAGACUACCAACUCCCCCCGCAGCACCAUCAGGAGAGAGAUUCAUCAGCAGACCAGUCCCACCUGUACCACCAUCUCCAGCAGCAACAGCAUUCAUACCUCAGUGCCCAAGGCGAGGAGCCGCCAAUGCUCACCUACGAAAGAACGGAGUCUUACGACAGAGUCCAACCGAGCAAGGACACGUCGUCCAGUGAUAUAGAUCCUGACAAAGACGCCUCUACGGACGAUGAGGAGACCCCCAUCUCAUCUUUAUCAGAUAUGGGCAACUACCAACAGCUUACCAGUCUGCACCAUCCUGCCUCGCCUUCUCCCCCCUCCCAGGGAAGCCCUCAGAUCCAGGGUCGAGAACCUGUGGGCGAGGUGAAAGGAACCGCUUUGCCCCACAAACUGAGACUCAAACACCGGGCCAUGAGUACCGGGAGCAGUGGGGCUUCGGGCCAGGAAUCCCCGACGACCCCUUCUUCUGCGACGCCGCCUCCCCUGCCCCAACAUCCAUACUUGUCCCUCUUGCCUCAGCAGAACACUAAGAGAGAAAGCCCGGUUGGAGGCUUAAAACAGGCGGAGGCGGGCAAAAAAAAGGAGACAGGUGGACGACGAAACAAGAGGCGAGAUUAGGCGAUCACCGCUUCUCGAAAAGACAUAAUUCUGCUUCUAAGAACGACCCUGCCAUCAUGCCUUUGCCCUCAAAUCAAACCCCCUCCCUGAAGCCCUUGGGACAGGAAGCUGGGUUUUUCUACUCCCCUCUCCCUUCCUAAAAGGCUGGACAUCUUGUAGGGCUGUAUCGUGUUUGUAUAUAUUGUACAGAUUUGUCAUUUCUUAAAUCCUCUCCAUAUUUACAGAAGCACUUUUUUUUAUGUGAAGAGAGGAGGAAUGGAACUACCUGCUUUUCGUCAACAUUAAGAUCUCGUACAAACAAGAAUGUUGGAAAAAGAAAAGUUUUGAGCUUUAUUAGUACUAUAAAUUUGGUACUUAUCUGACUGUAGACAAACAUACACAUGUAUGGCUAUCUGCCUUAAUUUAAAUCUAAUGCAAACGUACGCUUGGGGACAUUCCCUUGACCAAAGAUCCACCAACACUACAAAUAUCAAGUUCCAUACCUCUUCCCGACCCUACCUCUACCAACCCAUACUCUACCCGACCAUCUCCAUUGUUUCACACGAAGAUCGACAUCACCUUUAUUUUUUAAGCACUUGUUUUGUAUAUUACUGUGACAUAUGAAUAUAUGUAUCUAUUAUAAAUAUAUAUUUUGCAAAGAAAUUUGAAUACAAAUUCAACAAAAAUGGGACAAACCUGAGAUGGUUAGUGAGGGUUUUGAAAGUGACCAUCCUAAAAUGAAUCACAAUGACUGUACAGCCGUGUUGUCCGCUGCUGCUGCAGGACCCAUUCGAUUAAAACGCUCUCUUUGGAUUUAGUUCAGGGGUGUCAAACUCAAUUUCAUCGCGGGCCACAUUCGCAUAAAGCUUGCACUCAAAGUGCCGGUUG